AUGGCAACGGACCUCGUCCGGGACGGCGUUUUUGCCAUUAACAAGCCCUGUGGCCACAGCUCUGCUCAGGUCAUCCGCGAGUGCCAGAAGGUCUUCAACCCCUCCCAGUUCUUCAAGCCAUCCAUCGACGCCGAGAUCGCGAGGCGCAUGCAAGAGAACAGCAAAGAAUUCAACCGUCGCAAGGCUAUCAAGAGGGGUUCCCAAGUCAAGAUCGGUCAUGGAGGAACCCUCGAUCCUCUCGCCACCGGCGUCCUCAUCCUUGGCGUCGGCUCUGCGACCAAGCAGCUUAACCAGUUCCUCGAGUGCACCAAGACGUACGAGACAAUCGUCCUUUUCGGCGCCAGCACCGACACCUACGAUCGUGUCGGCCGCGUCCUGACCAAGCGACCGUACGACCACAUCACCCGUGAAAAGGUUGAGAAGGAGCUUGCCAGCAUGAAGGGCCCCCAGGUCCAGAUCCCGCCCCUCUACUCGGCGCUGAAGAUGAACGGAAAGCCGCUGUACGAGUACGCCCGAGAGGGGAAGCCCAUCCCCCGUGAGAUCGAGGGCCGCAACGUCGAGGUCAAGAGCAUUGAGAUGAUCGAGUGGUACGAACCUGGCAAGCACAACUUCCGAUGGCCUACAGAGGAGGCAGAAGCUGCCGAGCGGAACUUGGCUGAGCAAGUCUGGAGGGUCAAGAAGCAGCAGGAGUCCGGCAACAAGAAGCUCAGCCAGGAGGAGAAGGAGGAGGAGGACCAGGCGAUAGCAGCACACGAAUCGUUUAAGCGCAAGUUCGAGCAGCGCCAGGACGAGCUCAUCAAGGAUGCGCCCUCGAAGCGAUCGCAAAAAGCCAAGAAGCCUGUCUUGAUGUCUGGCGCCCUCGGCAAGCUACCAGAAAAGCCUACCUACUCCGAAAAGGGCACGAAUCUGGUUCCAGAUGCGCCCGACAAGGACACCCCUCCGCCUUGGAGCGACGAGGGCCCUCCCGCCGUCAAGGUGCGACUCACGGUGACGUCGGGUUUCUACAUCCGCAGCUUCUGCCACGACCUGGGUGCCAAGCUGGAGUCGGCCGCUCUCAUGUCAGAGCUAUGCCGUUCGCGACAGAGCGACUUCACCGUCGGCGGAACCAACUGCCUUGAGUUUGAGGAUCUCGCUAAGGGCGAGAACGUCUGGGGCCCCAAGGUCGCCGACAUGCUGGCCAGGUGGAACGGGGAGCCCACCGGUAAAUGGCCCGGCACCUCACCUGCCAGCCCUGCGCCCGCCUCGGACAAGCCGCACAUAAAGAUCGAGGCUAAGAGCCCCGGAUCGCCGAACAAGGGGAAGGACUUUAAGAGCCGUGACCGUAGUCCAUCGCGAUCUCCUCCCAAGGGCGAGAAGCGACGGCGGUCCGCCUCCCCCGACGGCUCUGGCUCACCACCCCGCAAGGCCGCCGCGCUGGAAGUUAACCAGACUCCCUCAAAGCGCAGCAGCCAGGGCCGAUCAGACGACGAGAAGUCUUGGAAUGGCUUCGAUGAUUAA